CAUCCCAUGCACACCAGAGCAAAAUGUCUGCCAUCCAGCGCCCGUCCACACCAUACCCAUACACACACACCCUCGUACACGGCCACGGCGCCUCGUACUUCCAGCCACACCCCCUCCACCACCAUGCCUCCACCCAGCCGCUGCACUUCCACAUGGCCAGGAUGCCACAGCGGGUCCCGCCGUCUCUGCUUCACCGCGUGUCUUCCGCCUCUGCGCCGCGUUCUCCCAGGCUCGUGCCCGUGUCCCCACCACACGCACAACCACAGCCCGUCGCGUCCUCGUCGCGGGAGUCGCCGCUCGAUCGCCGAGCCUCCACCGGCUCGUCUGCCUACUCCCCAGCGCUCCCCACCACACCACCGCUUCUGCCCACCUUGAUCGCACCCACUCCGCUCACACUCCCGCCGUCUGCGCUGUACCCUGCGUCGCUCGGCCAGGUGGAAGAGCUUUUACCAGUCGGGCUCGAGCAGCUGGACAAGUCGCAUGCUAGUGUAUGGCACGUUGAAGUGGAGGACGAAGAGGACAGGGGGAGGAAGCGAUCGGUAGAGCAGGAGACGAGGUUCAGGCGCAGUCAGACACCGGCAGUCCUGCUAGAGGCGCUCAAGCGUCUUUCCAAAUGUGUGGCUGUGGAGGAGAAAAGGGAACGAACACCAGAGACGGAAGGUGAAAGAGGAAAAGUACUUAGGAGUAUGGUAGAUGGAGGUGCAUGGGUCGUUGUCGGUUGAUCUCUGUAAUGUCUAUAAUUUCGGUAAUGUCUAUAACUGGCUGUAUUACUUUAUAUGUAGUAGUGAUGGAAUGUAUU